AUGGCUCAUAGAGCUGACGAGGAGUCGCCGCUCCUAAGUGGAAGAGAGGUACACUCUAAGCACUUGCCCAUCACAACCUCGCUGCUCAUAGUGUUGCUAUUAGAAACGACACUCAUGUUCACAACGUCGGCUCUGAUCGUCUCCGAGUUUGCAAAACUCGAGGCGGCUGUUUGGCUUGUCACGGCAUAUACGCUUGGUGUGUGCGCGGCCCAGCCCUUGUAUGGGAAGCUCGGUGAUAUAUUUGGCCGCAAGGCUAUCCUUCUUUGUGCCUAUUCACUCUCGACUUCUGGCUGCAUCAUAUGCGGUUCAAGCCCCAGCAUCUGGAUGACCAUUGUUGGGAGAGCCGUCAGCGGACUCGGUGGUGCUGGGCUCAUGAUCAUUUCCUCCAUUAUAAUCACAGAUUCAGUCCCCAAAAGCUAUGUCGCCCAGUACCGAUCCUACAUCAACAUGGCCUCGACCCUCGGGAGGGGUGUGGGCGGCCCCCUGGGCGGGUAUAUCUUGGACAAUGCCCAGUGGCGUCGAGUUCCAGUCUUGUGCAUCUUGGCGGCCAUGAUAACCUUGCUCUUUGAUGGGCGGAUGUCUGACACAGACUUGGCUCAUGAUCCUGUCGGCCAAGACAAAUCUUUUCGAACAAAGCUUAAAGAGAUUGACUACAUUGGUGCUGUUCUACUGUCAUCUUCCAUCACCAUUGCCAAUAUCCUGAUCAACGGUCGCUCCAGGAGCUCUCUCGGAUCAGGUCUGCUUUCAAUAGCUUUGGUCGCUGGCCUAUCGACCUUUGUCUAUUUUGAGCUCUACCAGGCUCAUAACCCGAUUAUCAAUCUACGGAUCUUAACUCGACGCAAUGUCGCCGUCUCCUAUAUAAUUGCACACUUGCAGGUCAUUGCGCAGAUAACCCUGAUGUUUUCCGUGCCAAUCUACUUCCAGGUCACCCGGGGCGAAUCAGCGUCGGCGAGUGGCAUGCGUCUGGUCCCUGCCAUAGCGGCCAACACGGCCGGAGCUUUGCUGGCAGGGAGGUAUAUACGCAAGGCCAGGAGAUUUAGGUCGAUACUGGUGGUUGCCGGCCCUAUUGGGUGCCUGAGCUAUAUUCUCGCCUUGGGUCGAUGGGAUGGGUCAAGUGCACCAUGGGAGUCAUUAUACGUAGUGCCCGGUGGCGCGGCGACGGGCAUGGCAACGUCAGCUGCUUUUAUUUCCAUGACCUCCUACCUGGAACAAGAGCACAUGGCCGUGGCGACGGGGAUAUUUUUCCUAGUCAGUAGCAUGGGAUCUAGCCUGGGUGUGUCCGUCGACAAUGCAAUUACCCAGUCUCUCUUCAAGAAGCAUUUACUAGCCAGAAUACAGCGGCAUGAUAAAGUCGAGAUCAUACGCCAAGUUAUUUCUGAUAUCAGGGUAAUUGCUAACAUGCCCGAUGAUAUUCGCGGAACCAUUAUCAAGUCAUUUGUAGACGCACUCCGAGCGGCGUUUACAUUUGGCUUCAUCUUGUCUCUGGUGCCAUCUCUAGCCGCCAUCAUGGUUGAGGAUGCUGAACUCUAG